AGCCGUUGGGCGCUAAUUUUUAAACCGGUGUGAAGUUCCGACUCGCACCGUUUCUUUGUUUACAUCUAUUUAAAACUAGCUUUUAAAGGUUUGGAUUGAGAAUCGGCUCUUCGGAUAUUGUUGUAGAAUCGACAAAAAGAGCAGCAUGAGCGCAGCCAACACCCCGACCUCACGGCCCCGCCAGUGGAGCUCCCCGGCGCUGGGCCACAAGACGGCCCUCUCGGCCUCGAGCACGCCGCUUCUCGGCUCCAUCCAGGGCAACGACGACGAAAAGGAGCGGAGGCAGAGGCGCCGGUCCAAAGUCAUCGACCUUCACGCUGCGGGCGACUCUUCCAUCAACGAGCCGAUCAGUGCCGCAGGGACGCCGGCCGCGGUGCCCAAGCUCUCCUCCGCUCAGAUCUCGGAGCACUACUCCACCUGCAUCAAGCUCUCGACGGAAAACAAAAUCACCACCAAGAACGCGUUCGGGCUGCACCUCAUCGACUACAUGGCGGACAUCCUCAAGGAGAAGGACUCCGAGCUCAACUUCAAGGUGGCCGCGGGCACGCUGGACGCCAGCACGAAGAUCUACGCCGUGAGGGUCGACGCCGUCCACGCCGACGCCUACAGGGUGCUGGGAGGUCUGGGCGCCGAGACCAAGCCGAAAGAAGACCAGGAUGGCGGAGAAGGCGACGACGCGGACGACGGCACCCCGGACGGACAUGCAGCGGUCAAACAGGCCCCCAAAAAAAGACCUGCUAAGAAGACGGUGGAGCAGAACCUGAGCAACAUCAACCUCUCCCAGUCGGAGAUGAGGUGUGAGGUGGACCCGAUGUUCCAGCGCAUGGCCGCGUCCUUCGACGAGAACAGCACGGCCGGGGUCUUUCUGUCCGUCCUGUUCAGCGAGGACAGCCGCUGUGAGCUCCGCUUCCCGUCUCACAUGACGCUGCUGCGCUCCAGGCCACCCGUCUCGCCCCCGCCUGUCCAGCACGCCCCCGCCUCGCCCUUCGCAGCCAGCCUGAAGGCGCUGGAGGAGAGGUGCAUGCCCGUCUGCCCGUCUCUGGAAGACUUCUCCUUCACCCACUGGACACCUGACCAGACCACCAAUCUGAACCAGCUCCUGGAGAAGAUGAAGCAGGGCGACCACGCCUUCGACGUCAACGCCGACGUCGCACCCGACGAGGACGAGGCUCCGGAUUUCGCCGACCACUUCGACGCCGACGGGGACGACGGCGGGCCCGGCGAGGCCUUCGACGAGCGCAAGGACGCCUGCGCCAAGAGAAGCCCCGAGAAAAUACGGGAGGUGGUGCCCAUCGGAGACGUGGACAUCGCCACCAUGUGCCUGCAGCUGUCCGACGAACCCAGAGAGUACUCGUACUUCAGCCCUCGAACCAUGGCCUCCUGGGUGGGCCCCGGCUACUGGCUCUUCAAACCCACACACAAGCAGGAUCACAAGCCGGAGAAGGAAACGAAGAAGAGGGCGGCGAAAAAUCCACUGGUCAUCGACUUCAGCGAGGACGUCCACUUCCACACGUACUUCCGCACCACCAGGGCGGCGACCACCAUCACCAAAUCCGCCCUGAACACCAGCAACAAGAAGACCACCCUGCCGGCGGAUUUCCAGUACCCGCUCAGCAACCUGUCCCAGCUCAGCCUGAAGCCGUCCAACACGCUCAUCGCGGAGGCCAGGAAGAGGAUAUCGGGCGAGCUGGGGGACGGCGUCGGGGAGUACGACUACGACAACGCCAACGACACCGCCAACUUCUGCCCGCGCCUGCAGCUCUCUGACAGCGACGACGAGGCCGGCGGCUUCGCGGGACUGGAAGACUCUCCGCCGGGGACGGACCGGCCGGACGCGGAGAACGUCUCCACCUACGGAGAGGACUGCCUGGUCCCGGAGCCUCAUAAGGUCGACGUCAUCGAGAUCAACUACGCCAGGACGGCCAAGAAGAUGGACAUGAAGCGACUGAAGAGCAGCAUGUGGGGCCUCCUGACCGACAGCCCCGAGAAACCCACCCCGGAGGCGGAGAGUGAGACGAGCACGCAGGUCGCAGGAGAGAAGUCCUUCAGCCAGUCCGCCAGGACCCUCAUACAAAAGCUGCCCGCCAGCAUGGCGAAUAACCUGUCGGUGCCGCUGGCCUUCGUUGCCCUUUUACAUCUGGCUAACGAGAAGAAUUUGGAGCUGCACAAAGUGGACGACAUGACGGACAUCAUCAUCAAACAAGGCUGCUGAGGAGCACCGAGCGCCCGUCCCACCCACGCGCCGCUUUAUUCAUUAUUUUUAUUGCUUUGCUUUACCUUUUUAAAGCGUUUUAACAGUGUACAGUACGGAUUCUUCUACGUGUAACGACGAAUUUUGUGCAUUUCAUGUUUUUGUGCUUUCUUGUGAGUCUGUAAUAAAAAUAUUUUGCCAUGGUGUGAGAAGCUCAAGCUCGUAUUAAGUUCUGUUUGAAAACGAAUGGGCGGGGCUUGAAGGUGACCGUCCAAUCAGAACGUUUCCUUAUUAAUGAGUGCAGAUGUUCCAGCCACGCCCAUUAUUAACAGGAGCAGCAUAAAGUCGAUUCCACGCGCCCGUCGGCCUGUUCCGACUCCUGGGCUGAACCCUGACACGGACGUUCCUUCCUCUUUCAUCUGUCUUGUCUUGUUCUUUUAAACUGUCCGUUUUCUUUUGAUGUGUUUCUUUCUUGUGGACUUCAAAGCAAAACAUUAAAGCUCUGAUAAAUAAA